AUGUCCGUCAUGCUCCAAACACCUUCCCGAGCUUCGACGGCAUCCUCGUCUUCAUUCCAGCCCCUCUCACGACAAAACACAAUGUCUUCCUACGAUGGAUCGCGGUCCGCCCGCCAAUCUAAGCGGUACUCCAUGUCCGCGCUGUACAUGUCCAUGUCGGCGAAUGAGACUGAUCUUGAGAUUGAAGAUGACCUGGCCAAGGCCCAAAAAAUCCUCCGCGAGCUCAAGUCCAAGAUCUCCUCCCAGUCAAAAAAGAAUUUCGUCCUCGAGAAGGAUGUACGAUAUCUCGAUUCUCGAAUCGCUCUGCUCAUCCAGAACCGAAUGGCCUUGGAGGAACAAAACGAAGUUGCGAGCCACUUGGAAGAUGCUACCGAAAUGCAGGAAGGCGACUUCCCCAACGACGACAAGACACAAAAGUACGGCAACUUGAUGUUUUUACUGCAGUCUGAACCCAGACACAUUGCGCAUCUGUGUCGACUAGUGUCCAUGGCCGAGAUUGAUUCACUCCUCCAAACUGUCAUGUUCACCAUUUAUGGUAACCAGUACGAGAGCCGUGAGGAGCACUUGCUCUUGACCAUGUUCCAGUCCGUUCUUACCUACCAAUUUGAUAACACACCCGAAUACUCGUCGCUCCUCCGCGCCAACACUCCUGUAUCACGCAUGAUGACGACGUACACAAGAAGAGGACCCGGACAGAGUUUCCUCAAGUCAGUGCUUGCCGAUAGAAUCAACAGCCUGAUUGAGUUGAAGGAUCUGGACUUGGAAAUCAACCCCCUCAAAGUGUAUGAGCGCAUGAUUGAGCAGAUCGAGGAGGACACCGGCAGUCUACCCGCCUCUCUACCCAAGGGUAUCACCGCUGAGCAGGCCGCCGAAAACCCCCAGGUUCAGGCCAUCAUCGAGCCGCGUUUGACGAUGCUUACCGAGAUUGCUAACGGCUUCCUCUCGACCAUCAUCGACGGCCUCGAGGAGGCUCCCUAUGGUAUCCGUUGGAUCUGCAAGCAGAUUCGCAGCCUGACGAAGCGCAAGUACCCCGAUGCGAAUGACCAAGUUAUUUGCACCCUGAUCGGCGGCUUUUUCUUCCUCCGAUUCAUCAACCCCGCUAUUGUGACGCCCAAGUCGUACAUGCUUAUCGAUGGCCAGCCCGCGGAGCGCCCAAGGAGAACACUAACCCUGAUCGCCAAGAUGCUACAGAACCUGGCCAACAAACCAUCAUACGCGAAGGAGCCGUAUAUGGCUAAGUUGCAGCCCUUCAUUCAGCACAACAAGGACCGUGUCAACAAGUUCAUGCUUGACCUAUGUGAAGUUCAGGACUUUUACGAGAGUUUGGAAAUGGACAGAUAUGUCGCCCUCUCAAAGAAGGACUUGGAAUUGUCCAUUACUCUCAACGAAAUCUAUGCCAUGCACGCUCUGAUCGAGAAACACCAUGGAGAGUUGUGGAAGGACGACAAUUCGCAUCUUGCAAUCAUCAUGUCUGAGCUGGGUGGAGCACCCGCACAGGUUCCCCGCAAAGAGAACCGCGUCAUCAACUUGCCCCUUUUUAGCAGAUGGGAGACGGCAAUCGACGACUUGACUGCGGCACUCGACAUCACGCAAGAGGAAGUGUACUUUAUGGAAGCCAAAUCCGUCUUUGUGCAAAUCAUGCGUUCUAUUCCUUCAAACAGCAGCGUUGCUCGACGACCUUUACGACUGGAGAGAAUCGCGGACGCGGCGGCUACGAGCCGCAACGACGCGGUCAUGGUUCGCAAAGGCAUCAGGGCGAUGGAGCUUCUUUCUCAGCUCCAAGAACUGAGAGUAAUUGAUAAAAGUGAUCAGUUCAGUCUACUGCGUGACGAGGUAGAGCAGGAGCUGCAGCACCUUGGUUCCCUCAAGGAUGGUGUCAUUCAGGAGACGAACAAGCUCGAGGAAGUUUACAAAACAAUUCGCGACCACAACACCUACCUCGUCGGCCAACUGGAAACGUACAAGAGUUACCUUCACAACGUUCGCUCUCAGAGUGAGGGUACAAGGAGAAAACAGCAAAAGCAACAAGUCCUCGGCCCGUACAAGUUUACACACCAGCAGUUGGAGAAGGAAGGUGUUAUCCAGAAGAGCAACGUCCCUGACAACCGAAGGGCAAACAUCUACUUCAACUUCACGAGUCCCUUGCCGGGCACCUUUGUCAUUUCCCUACACUACAAGGGACGCAACCGUGGUCUUCUCGAGCUGGAUCUUAAGCUCGAUGACUUGCUCGAGAUGCAAAAGGACGGGCAGGACGAUCUGGAUCUCGAAUACGUUCAAUUCAACGUCACCAAGGUCCUUGCACUGCUGAACAAGCGAUUCGCAAGAAAGAAGGGAUGGUAA